AUGAGCAAGGCAUUUGAUAGAGUAGAGUGGCAUUUUGUGGCUCAAGUAAUGUUGAAGAUGGGCUUCAUAAUAACUGUGGAACAACUCAUUCUUCGAUGUUUGCAGUCGGUUUCAUACUUAUUUUUAUUAAAUGGAGUUGUUCAUGGUGAUAUGGUUCCUAGUCGAGGUAUAAGACAAGGUGACCCUCUUUUGCUAUAUCUCUUUCUUAUUUGUGUUGAGGGCCUCUCUUGUCUCUUACAACAUGAAGAAAGUAUUGGAUCUUUGCAAGGUUUGAAAGUCUCUAGAUCUGCUCCAUCAGUUUCGCAUCUCUUCUUUGCAGAUGACAGCAUACUAUUUUGUCGAGCUAGCCAACAAUCAACGAUGUCUAUUAAAAGAUCUCUUGACUUGUACAGCAAAGCAUCGGGAUAA